AUGUCCAGCUCAAAUACCGUGUUCCGGUCCAGUACCACUGCCCCUGUUAACAUCGCUGUGAUUAAAUACUGGGGAAAGCGUGACACGGUCUUGAAUCUUCCGACGAACUCCUCUCUGUCUGUGACAUUAUCUCAGAAAUCGCUACGAACCCAUACCACUGCAUCAUGCUCCGAAUCCUUUACGGGCCCGGACACUCUGGUGCUGAACGGAGAAAAGGAGGAUAUCCAGUCUUCAAAGAGAACGCAAGCGUGCCUCAAAGUCCUUCGCUCGCUGCGUGAAGCCCUGGAGGCCAAGGACACGUCGCUGCCGAAACUCUCGAAAUGGACUCUGCGGCUGGUGUCUACCAACAACUUCCCUACGGCCGCUGGGCUUGCUUCUUCGGCCGCCGGGUUUGCAGCUCUCGUCCGAGCAAUUGCUGAUCUCUACGAGUUGCCACAAUCACCAAAAGAGCUCUCAUUGAUUGCGCGGCAAGGGUCUGGAUCGGCCUGUAGGAGUCUGAUGGGUGGCUACGUGGCCUGGCGAGCGGGUACGAAGGAGGAUGGAAGUGACAGCUUGGCUGAAGAGGUGGCCUCAGUCUCACAUUGGCCGGAUAUGAGGGCCUUGAUAUUGGUGGUCAGUGCUGAGAAGAAAGGCGUCCCGUCCACUGCGGGUAUGCAGACCACGGUCGAGACAUCCACUCUGGCACCUGCAAGGUUCAAGGAAAUUGUUCCGAAGAGGAUGCAGGAGAUUGAGAAAGCUAUCGAGGAGAGGGACUUUGAGACCUUUGCGCGGAUCACGAUGCAGGAUUCCAAUUCGUUCCACGCCAUCUGUCUGGAUUCGUGGCCGCCGAUUCACUAUUUGAACGACGUAUCCCGCGCGGCCAUGAACGCGGUAGAGACGGCCAAUCGAAAAGCAGGAAAGUUGAUCUGCGCAUAUACCUUCGACGCAGGGCCGAACGCAGUCAUCUACUACCUGCAAGAACACGCCCACCAAGUGGCAGGAGUGUUCCGAAACAUCUUACCCCGAGUACCAGGCUGGGAAGGCGAGUUCGGAGAGUCCAUUCGUCCGAACGAGUUUGGAGGAUUGGAACAGAAGACGCUGAUGACACUGAAGGCGGGUGUGAGUCGCGUCAUCUGCACAGCUGUGGGAGGAGGGCCAGAGAAGGUGGAGAGACAUCUGGUAGACGAAAGCGGGAAUGCGGUGGUGGAAUGA